AUGGACACCAACCUAUCCGCCGCGCGCGACGCGCGCCGCUACCUGGCCGAGCGCGUGCGCAACGACUGGGACUGGCCGCCGCUGCCGCUGCCGCCGCCGCCCGCCAACGCGGUGGUGCCGCCCGCCGAGCACGCCGCGGCAGCGGCCGCCGCCGCCGCCGACGCCGAGUACUGCUCCGCGACGGGCGCGUCCGAGGACGAGCUGCGCGGGGUGACGGAGUUUCGCGAGCGGUACUACGGCAGCACGGACGACGACAACGACGACGCGCCGUCGGAUGAGGACGAGGAAGAGGGAGAGGAGGGGCGGAGGGGCGAAGAUGCGGCGGCGGCGGCGGCGGCGGCGGCGGCGGCGGUAGCCGGACACGACGAUGCUGUUGUCACACCGGGCGUGCGGGCCAGGGAAGGCAGCGGCAGCGGCGGCAAGGAGUAUAGGUUCGACUCGCCGGAGCACGUGGGGCCGCGGGUGGCGGCGGAGCGGGCGGCGCGGCGCAAGCGCAGGCGCAGGCGCGCGCUCGAGGAGGAGAUGCGGUGGAACGAGGGGAUGGCGGUGUUUGUGCGCAGGCGGGACCGCUGGACGGGGGCGGCGAGCGUGCGCAAGUACGCGCGGAGGCGGAGCCGCGCGAGCGAGGACAUGGACCCCGUGGAGGUGGAGGCGCGGAAGGUGGUUGUGAGGAUGCUGGAGGAGACGGCGGUCGUGGAGGAGAGGGAGGAGGAGGUGGUGGACGCGGUGGUGGGGGAGGGGGAGGACGUGCCGCACGGGGAGAAUGGUGGGGUGGAACAUGGGCAAUCGGGAGAUGAUGCUCUGGCGCCCAAUGGCGAGGAAACGGCUGCGGCGGCGGCGGCGGAUGGGGAGAACGGCAAUGGGGCGCAGGCGGCGCAGGAGGGAGGCGAGCAAGAGGGCAAGGGAAAGGUGGUGAGGAGGAAGAGUGUGAUCAACAUCAACAUCCCGGCGUCUGAGGAACCACUUGUGCCUCUCGCACCGCCGCUUCUGCCCAACAACGCCAUCCGCCAGUCGGUCACGCCCAAGGUGUACUCGGACAUCUACGCCAAGAUCGUCAUCAGCGGCCAGACGCCCAAGGUUCCCAUCAACCUGUCGCACAUGACGCGUGCCCUGGUGCAGGGCUGGAAAGACGACGGAGAGUGGCCGCCGCGGCCGGGACCGGCUGAUCCCCUGAUGGGCAGAAAGAAAGUUGCGGCGGCUGGCGGAAGGGUCGGCACGUUAGCUGCGGUGCUGGGUGGUGGCGAUGGCGGCGCAAAAGGGGCGUCGGGAAGCGGUGCUGUCGGUCAUCACGGCGAGUUUCUAGCGCAUCAUCCGCAUCUGCAGAAAGGCGUUGAGAGCGUCAAGAAGGUGUUCAGGCUGAGCGGAGGCCAUCACGGCCAUUCGAAUCCAGGCGCGGGGUUGGCUCAGGACGGACAUCCACCAACGAAUUGA